AUGGAUUCUCUCAGCGUUACAGCCGGCGUUAUCACUAUCCCACAGCUAACAACAAAGGUGCUCUCAUUGCUUACCAACCCGAAGGGCGCUUCGACGGACCGCGAACGGUGUACUCUUGAGCUGUCGAACUUGUCCACCUUGCUCAUCCACCUGAGGUUUCGACUACAAGGCGGAGGCUAUGAUGAGCCUUGGUAUCGGUCUAUCAACGCCCUCAGCGCGAGUAAUGGCCCCCUCGAUCGAUACAAACAAGCGCUUGAAGAGCUUCAAGGCAGCAUGACAAAUGAGAGUGGGAUCACCAAACUUGGGCAGACCAUUAUGUGGAAGUUAAAGAAGGAGGAAAUCGAAAGCAUUCUUCUGAGGAUAGAGCGCUUGAAGACUCUUGUGCAGAUCGUACUGGAGCUGGACCACCUCAAGCUAUCUCAGGCUCUCAAGACUGGCAUUCAUACAGUGCAAAAUGACACCCAGGCGGUCAAGCAAAACACAGACGCGUUUUGGAGCGUUGAGGAGAAGAGACAAGUGGAUUCUUUGACGGAAUGGAUAUCAACACCCAACUAUCCCGCACAACAAUCCGAUAUCAUAAGUGCAAGACAGGAAGAUACUGGAGUUCCUGUCCAAGGAUAUUCCAAAAAGUCGAAUCCUGAGCUUCGGCUACGGCUCUGGGAUUAG